CAACCAUUUCCCCCCUUCGCACCUUGUUUCAUCCCCGCUUAUCGCUCGUCAUCAAGCUUGCGGAUCUGAACCCAGUCAAUUUUUUGAACCGCCGCGGAACUUGCCGUUCUUUGCUACACUUACGUGGGUGAAAAGCAAAAAAGAGUCAAUUCUCACUGGCCAAACAACUCCCAAGCAUUGCUUCGCCAACCGCCAAAAUUUUGAACUCUCCUUCUCCACAGCAUUGCCCAGGAGGCUCCCCUAACGUGCGUGCAGUCAUGGUUCGAAACAUUGUCGUUCUGGGGGGCAGCUCCCACCCUAACCUGAACGAAACCAUCUGCAACCACCUGGGCGUUCCGGCGGCCAAUGUCCUUCUUUCGAAGUUUGCCGUGGGUGAGACCCGAGUCGAAAUCGGAGACUCGGUUCGAGGCAAGGACGUCUACAUUAUCCAGUCUGGCGGUGGGAAGGUCAACGAUCAUUUCAUGGAACUCUUGAUCUUGGUUUCUGCCUGCAAGACUGCUUCCGCUCGCCGAGUCACCGCCGUUUUACCUCUUUUCCCCUACUCCCGGCAGAGCGAUCUCCCGUACAACAAGACAGGUGCUCCACUCACCAAGUCAUCCAACGAUUUCAGCCGCCCUUAUACGUUCGAAAGCAGACCCACGACCCCUCACCCCAGCCGACCCGAAAGUCAAGGCCUGAAUGGCAACGUCGACAGCCUGCACAAGCAGCUCAGCAAAGCCAGCCUUGAGCAGCUAACCAAUGGUAUUAAUGAAGCCGAGGGCAAGACCUCUCGAGACCAGAUGAAUGGUGCACUCAGGCGGAGUGAUACCAUUGACUCUAUGUCAGAAAAGACCGGACGGGGACGGGGCAUAUCCACUUCGUCCAGCCGCGCUGCGGAGAGUGACGACCAUCGGCCGCUGCAGAAGCCUUUCCAGCCGCAGCCAGGAUACAAGCAAUGGGUCGCGCAGGCCGGGACCCUUGUCGCUGACCUGCUGACUUGCGCUGGGGCUGAUCAUGUCAUCACAAUGGACCUCCACGAUCCUCAGUAUCAGGGUUUCUUCGACAUUCCUGUCGAUAACCUUUACGGCAGGCCGCUGAUGCGAAAGUACAUUCAAUACCAAAUUCCCGAUUAUCAGAAUGCUGUUAUUGUCAGCCCUGACGCAGGUGGUGCCAAAAGAGCCACCGCAAUUGCUGAUCAGCUUGGAAUGCCAUUCGCAUUGAUCCACAAAGAACGGCGGCCCACGCGAAUCAAUGAUCGGCAAAACGCCACCAUGAUGCUCGUCGGUGAUGUUGCCGAUCGCACCGCCAUUCUUAUCGAUGACUUGGCCGACACCUCCAACACGAUUACCCGUGCGGCAAAAUUGCUGAAGAAAGAGGGCGCCACCAAGAUUUAUGCUUUGAUCACUCACGGCGUACUUAGCGGAGAUGCCAUUGAGAGAAUCAACGCCAGCCCAUUGGACCACGUUGUUGUGACCAACAGUGUGCCUCAAGACGAGCACAAGAAGCGCUGCCCCAAGCUUGAGGUGCUCGACGUCGGCCAUGUCUUCGCAGAGGCAAUCCGCCGCGUGCAUUACGGCGAAAGUAUCAGUGUCCUCUUCCAGUACGAUUAGACGCCAUACCUGAAAAUUUCCCGAUCCGGGCCAAGAAAGUGGGCAUUUAUCCGCUCAACUUGUCCCAGCGCUCUCCACAAGACACCAAUUCCUUGGUUCUUUCUCUUUCGGCAUCAUCGACCUUGAAUUUCUGGAGUUAUGCUAUGUCAUGCCACACUCUGAUACAGCUCAACCCCGGGUUUCUCUCCUCUGUGCUCAUGCACUACUAAGAGACUUGUGAGCUCAAUCAUUCACCAUCUUAUACCAUUUCUUACGCCGUUAAUCACGAUCUCCUCACCACGUAACAUAUUCUCUCUCGAGGGCGUGAACUCCGCCUUUGACGGUUCCGCAUUUGGCCGUUGACGUCUUGUCCUGCCCGUCAAUCUAGUGGCGUUUUUAUCUCUUGUUUCAUUUGUACAUUUGGACAGAACAGACAAACCGAUCAGCCAAAACUAAAAAAUAAAACAUCUAUAGGGGUUCU